AUGUCCUGCUACGAUCUGUGCCGUCCCUGUGGCCCAACCCCGCUUGCCAACAGCUGCAACGAGCCCUGUGUCCGGCAGUGCCAGGACUCCCGUGUGGUGAUCCAGCCCUCUCCCGUGGUGGUGACCCUGCCCGGCCCCAUCCUCAGCUCCUUCCCCCAGAACACCGCUGUGGGAUCUUCAGCAUCUGCUGCCGUUGGCAGCAUCCUGAGUGAGGAGGGAGUGCCCAUCUCCUCCGGGGGCUUUGGCCUCUCUGGCUUUGGUGGCCGCUACAGUGGCAGAAGGUGCCUGCCCUGCUAA